GCAGAUGGUGCUCUGCUCUGCUCCGCUUCGCCUCGUGACAGACAUGCGCUCUCAGCCAAUAGCCUGCCGAGGAAUCAGCUGACUGGCUCCGGACAUCGCCAGGUGUUUUUUUUUUUGUUUUUUUUUAUCAUUUUUUGCACAGAGGGUGGGAAGCGGGCGGCAGUGCGGAGGAAUAAUAUCUCGGAUGGUGGUUGAGGACCGCAUCGAGCCUCUCUCUUCCGAGGCGCUAUGAUGGGAUGCGCGAUGCUGUGAAUAACCACCCCGCUGACACAGGAAUAUGUGCCAUUAUUACGCUGUUUGAUGAGCUCCAUCACUUGGCUCUGUACCACUCAUCUUUUUCUCCCUAUAUUUCCUCCCCAACUGACGCGCGCGUGUGUAUACCUGGAUGAGGGGAGCGGCGCGCUUUGGAGCAUCCGACUGGAAUGACAACAAGAUAAUCCUGCUACUCCAAGAUAAUUCCCCUUCUACCUACAGAGAAGCCAUCACUGUAGACUGCAACGAUCUUCGCUUAACGCGGAUCCCAGGGAACCUGUCCAGUGAAACACAGGUUCUCCUCCUACAAAGCAACUACAUUGCCAGGACCAGUGAAGAGCUAGAGCAGCUCUUCAACCUGACAGAGCUAGACUUGUCUCAGAAUAACUUCAGCAGCAUUCGAGAUGUGGGUCUCACCAACAUGUCCCAGCUCACCACCCUUCACCUGGAGGAGAAUCAGAUCACAGAAAUGCCAGAUUACUGUCUGCAAGAUCUCAGCAACCUGCAAGAACUCUACAUCAACCAUAAUCAGAUCAAUGUCAUCUCUGCCAAUGCUUUCUCUGGGCUCCAUAACCUGCUCAGGCUUCACCUCAACUCCAACAAUCUCAGAGCCAUCAACAGCCAAUGGUUUGAAUCCACGCCCAACUUGGAGAUUCUCAUGAUUGGAGAGAACCCUGUUGUUGGAAUUAUGGACUUCAAUUUCAAGCCGCUUGGCAAUCUGAGAAGUCUGGUUUUGGCUGGGAUGGAUUUGACAGACAUCCCAGGUAAUGCAUUUGUGGGACUUGAUAAUCUUGAAAGCCUCUCGUUCUAUGAUAAUAAGCUAGUGCAAGUACCCCAGAGAGCCCUUCAGAAACUACCGAACCUCAAGUUUUUGGAUUUAAAUAAAAACCCAGUGCACAAGAUUCAGGAGGGAGACUUUAAGAACAUGUUGAGACUGAAAGAAUUGGGCAUCAACAACAUGGCAGAGUUGGCUUCUAUCGACAGGUAUGCUUUGGACAACCUUCCUGAGCUCACCAAGCUGGAGGCUACAAACAACCCCAAGUUCUCUUUUAUAAAUCGGCAGGCCUUUCACGAUGUCCCUGCUUUGGAAAGUCUGAUGCUGAACAACAAUGCCUUGAACGCUCUCUAUCAAUCGACAGUGGAUACUCUCCCCAACUUGCGUGAAAUUAGCAUCCAUAGCAACCCUCUGCGCUGUGACUGUGUCAUCCAGUGGAUGAGCUCCAACAAAACCGCGGUCCGAUUCAUGGAACCCCUAUCCAUGUUUUGUGACAUGCCAUCUGAGGUCAGGGGCUUGCACGUGCGUGAGGUGUUGCAGAACAAAUUAGUAAACCAGUGUUUGCCCAUGAUUUCCCACGAGACUUUUUCAAGUCAUCUCAGUUUGGAGAUUGGCAUGACCUUGGACUUGGACUGUAGAGCCAUGUCCCAGCCUGAACCUGAAAUAUAUUGGGUGACACCAAUGGGAAACAAGAUAACAAUUGACACCCUGUCAGACAAAUAUACACUCAAUAAUGAAGGAACUUUGAGAAUUUCACAUAUCCAGGUUGAAGACUCGGGCAGAUACACCUGUGUGGCUCAAAAUUCUGAGGGAGUUGAUACAAGAGUGACAGCCAUACAGGUGAAUGGUACCCUGCUAGACAACACGCAGCUUAUGAAGAUCUAUGUCAAACAGACAGAAUCUCAUUCGAUCCUUGUCUCCUGGAAAAUAAACUCAAACGUGAUGACCUCUAACCUCAAGUGGUCAUCCGCAACAAUGAAAAUAGACAACCCACACAUUACUUACACUGCCAGAGUACCUGUGGACGUCCAUGAGUACAAUCUUACGCAUCUACAACCAGCGACGGAGUACGAAGUGUGCCUCUCUGUCUCCAACAUCCACCAACAAACACAGAAGUCAUGUGUGAACGUGACAACGAAGCAAUCAACCUUUGCCGUGGAGAUAUCUGAUCAACGGACCAACACUGCCCUUGCGGUAGUCAUGGGAACAAUGUUCGCAAUCAUCAGCAUGGCCUCUUUAGGUGUGUACAUUGCAAAGAGGUGGAAGAGGAAAAACUAUCAUCACUCCCUGAAAAAGUAUAUGCAGAAAACCUCAUCCAUACCACUAAACGAGCUGUACCCCCCUCUUAUUAACUUGUGGGAGGCAGAUACUGAGAAGGAGAAGGAAGGAACCUCAGAGACCAAACCCAGCCAGGUGGACACCACACGCAGCUAUUACAUGUGGUGA